AUAUAGAUUUAUCGGAUGUCGACUCGGAACCGGGUUUCCACGUGAAACGGAAACAACGACGAAGCCGGACCACCUUUACUGCUGACCAAUUGGAAGAAUUGGAGAAAGCCUUUGAACGGACCCACUACCCUGAUAUUUAUACCCGCGAGGAACUGGCCCAGAGAACCAAAUUGACCGAAGCACGAGUCCAGGUUUGGUUCAGCAAUCGCAGAGCACGAUGGCGCAAGCAAGUAGGCAAUAACCAACUAAGUACCCUGAAUGGCUUAAUUCCACCCCAAACUGUACCCGGUUCUCAUUACGUCCUACCAGAUUCAAGUUAUACAUUGUCAACAGCUCAAG